CGUUUUCCAUAAAUAGCAAUGUGCAGUCGUGUUCUAUAUCAGUGUGCGUAGUAUAUUCGACUUCAUUGUGGUGUGUAUGUGAAUGAUUCGGUUAUCCAUUGACCCUGCGAAGUUGAUGUCUGUCUCCACUGUAGUUUCCGAAACAUUCUAAAUUCAGCGUGUGGGAGUACCUGGUUCGCCUACAGAUGUGAGUAGAAAAAUAACUCGAUCAACACCCAUUUCACAUCUGGUCUCUCCGUCAGUGUAUCCUGUGUGUGUGUAUAUAUGUACAUCUGUCUGAUUUCAUUGAAUUUUAUUCCAGUUACCGUUACCGACCAACAACUCCAAUGCCUGGCGUAACAAUGUCGUUCAGCAACAUGUCGUGCUCUCGCUGUGGAGAUGGUUUUGAUCCACAUGAUAAAAUCGUCAACUCACAGGGUGAACUAUGGCAUCCCCAGUGUUUUGUAUGUUCUCAAUGUUUCCGACCAUUCCCUGACGGAUUGUUUUAUGAGUUUGAAGGACGUAAAUACUGUGAACAUGAUUUUCAAGUUUUGUUUGCCCCAUGCUGUGGUAAGUGUGGAGAAUUUGUUAUUGGCCGUGUUAUCAAGGCCAUGUCUGCUUCAUGGCAUCCUACUUGUUUCUGUUGUGCGGUGUGCAAUAAACAGCUAGCUGAUCGUGGAUUUGUCCGCAAUCGAAAUAGAGCUCUGUGUCAUGAAUGUAAUGCAGCUGAUAAAGCUGUUUUGUCAGGGAGACAUAUAUGUUUCAAGUGCCAUGGUGUUAUUGAUGAGAAACCUUUAAGGUUCAGAGGUGAAGUGUAUCAUGGAUAUCAUUUUAACUGUACGUCUUGUGGAGUAGAAUUGAAUUCAGAUGCACGAGAGUUAAAACAUCGAUCUGGCUAUACAGCUAAUGAAAUGAAUGAGUUGUACUGUUUGCGAUGCCAUGACAAGAUGGGUAUUCCAAUUUGUGGAGCCUGUCGGCGACCUAUUGAAGAACGUGUAGUUACUGCUUUAGGAAAACAUUGGCAUGUAGAACAUUUUGUUUGUGCUAAAUGUGAAAAACCGUUUUUGGGUCAUCGGCAUUAUGAACGUAAAGGUCUAGCUUAUUGUGAGACACAUUAUCACCAAUUGUUUGGUAACUUGUGCUUUGUUUGCAAUCAAGUGAUUGCUGGUGAUGUUUUUACUGCUUUAAAUAAAGCAUGGUGUGUACAUCACUUUGCAUGUUCAUUCUGUGAUCAAAAGAUGACGCAAAAGACUAAGUUUUACGAAUGUGACUUAAAACCAGCUUGUAAAAAAUGCUAUGAAAAAUUUCCAUCAGAAUUCAGGCGUAGAUUACGUAAAGCAUAUGAUAAUACACCAAAGAAAUCAACAUCUGCUUGAAUUUUCCCAUAAUACUGUAUAUUCUUCUAUGUAAAACAUCAUUAACAAUAUUUUAGACUCAUUGAUUUUUUCCUCUUUGAGAUUAGACAUAACAAGAAUCUACUGUAUUUACAAUUUUUAAAAUAGUUUUAACUAUAACACAAUAAAUCAUUAAAUUAAAACAUUAACUAAUGACAAUCAU